AUGGCAGAGAAGAAAAGAUCUAAACUAGGGUGCUUCCAGUGUAAGCAGAAAAAGAAGAAGUGUGACGAAAUCAAGCCAAUAUGUACGUCAUGUUUGAAGUCAAAUAAAAUCUGCAGGUACAAACUGUUGGAAAACAGUGUUGUCAAAUCACAAAGGAAAGUUGAUUCGAUCGUGUGCAAGGACAUUGUUGGAGAAAUCAUAAUGAAAAACUUGGAACAUCAGCGUUUCGAUGAAAUCAACAUAGAUACAAUAUCAUAUGGUUACAAUAAUGACAUGUUCAAACUCUUGAAUGAAUACAUCAGUCCAGAUCCUGAACUUAAGAUCAAACUACCUGUAGAUUUGUCAGAGUCAGAAAUAGGAUAUUUUGAAUAUUAUUGUAAGUCCAUACUACCAGAGUUAAGCAUCUUACCUCAAGAAUACAAUUUCUAUUCCAAAAUUUAUAUACCGCUAGCAUUAAAAGAACCUGCUUUGUUGUAUAGUUUGAUUGGAUGGGGUUGUAAAAUGAUGAAAAACGAUGGUAUAAAUUAUUUGAUAGAAAAUGAAGAAGCUGAAGGUUAUUGUAAGAAGGUUAUGGGAAUUAUAGACCAGAAUAAUUUAUAUUUGAACGAAGAAAAGUUCAUGGUGAAUUUCUGUUCAUAUAUGUCUUUGGUUUAUAUGAAUAUUUCUGUGGGAGAUAUCAAUGAAUGGUCAACCCAUUUCACCAGUUGUUUUAACAUGAUCAAUAGAAUGCCGGGAAAUUUCAAAUAUUUAAUGAAUUUCUCCCAUGAAGGGAUCUUGUUAGCUGAAAACUUUGCUUACUUUGAUAUUUUAGCUUCCCAAUCCAAUGAAAAUGGAACAUUUUAUCCUAUAAGUGAUUAUGACGACGUUUUUUCUAAUGUAUCCAAUGCUCAUGAUCCAGCUCAAGGAUGUAUAAGACCUUUAACAUUAAUAAUAGGAGAAAUAGUGACGUUAUUGGUAGAAUACAGUACAUUACAAGUAAGUCUUGAUUUGACAGAUUGUAGUAAGUAUGAGUUAAUGGCCAAUGUGAUAGAUAAAGCAGAAAAACUUGAUAAGAAAAUUCUUUUCACCAAGCCAGACUUGUCAUGUUUGAAACAUUUGAAUACUCCAGAAGAAUUGGAAGGACAUUUGACCCUUUUUGAUGUCUAUCAGAUAUCGGCACAAAUUUAUUUGAGACAGGUCAUCAAGAAAUUACCUUCAGUUGUACCUGAAAUAGAGAUGUUGUUUUUCCAUUUAAAAGAAGGAGUGGCAUUCUUAGUUAAGACUAAAUUCAGGAAAAGUUUGGGAUUCCCUAUGCUUGUUACAGCUUUAGCAGCCACCUCAAAGGAGGAUAGACAAGAUGUCAAGAGCUUGUUCGAAAAUUUGAUACAAUGUUGUGGUUACCUUAGUGUAUACCAGAAAUUAUGGACUGUUAUACAGAAAGUCUGGGAGCUCAAUCAAAAUGGGAAUUUGUAUGUAGAUUGGUAUAAAAUUACCAAGCAAUUUGGAUGGAGAUUAAAUUUGGGAAGGUAG